AAGAACCUCAGAGUGCAGGAUCAUCUUCAUCAUGUCGUCAUCAUCAUCAUCAUCAUCAUGCAACUCGACUCAUCAGCAGCAACAGAGGUCUAAAGGCAGCACGGGAUCCCCUACCAUCAUCCCAUCUUCAUCAUCAUCAUUAUCGUCAGUGGUUAACGGCGCGAGCCGGUUGCUGCAGCCAGUCCGCGCCACGGUGCCGUACCAACUGCUGCGAGGGGGCCGCCGCUCCUCUCCCUCCUCCUCUUCUUCCUCCUCGUGUGCGUCAGCCGGGGGCGACGUCGCAGCACCGAGAGCGCCCGGUGCCUCCGCCGCCGCGAGCCCGACGCGAGUAGUGACGCCGCUCGCGCGCGCGCCUGCACACGGAAGCGGCCACGGCACCGCGGACUGCGCCGGCGGGCUGAACGCGCGCACCCCGCCGCCUGACCACAAGGGCUCACCGGAGCGGCACUUCGAGUCACCUGCUUCCCGAGUUGAAAGGUCAAAAGGCCAGCAGGUGCGGAUCAGACGGACUUCCUCUCUAGGCGCCAUCACUGCUCCGUACCUGACCGGCCAGUGGCCCCGUGAUCCCUCUGCGCUCUACCCAUCGUGCAUGAAAGACAAAUCCACACAGACUCCUGGAUGCUGGAGUGAAGAUUUGUCCGAGGGAGAGCUGAGGAACACGCAUCAGCGUUCGGCGUCCUGGGGCUGCGCCGACCAGCUUAAAGAGAUUGCUAAGCUCCGCCUGCAGCUCCAGCGCACUAAGCAGGGAGGAAUUCGGCAUAUUAAGGACAGUAGGGAGCUUCUGUCUCCCCUCCACUGCUGCAUCUUCACCACCACACACACUACCAGCAGUAUGUCCAGCCAAGCCACGUCUCCCAUGUCGAAGCCGGCACAGAUGACCCUGCCCAACAUCACUGUACCGAAACCGUCCAUCUCACGCGUGCCCAGCAGCAUGGAGGGCAUCAAUCACGAGCUGGAGAAAGUCUUUAUUAAAGAUAACGGAGAGAAGGAGGAACUGAAGGCAUUGGAGGUGCCUGAUGGACGCCGUGCCCCAUUUCCUCCUCAGCAGCGGAGCAGCAGCAGUACGUGCGGUUUGGACUCUCAGACCCCGGCAGUACUCGGCCGCUCCAGCAGUUGCUCCAGCGCAUCGCCAUGUCCGGUAGGAUCACACGACGGCAGCCCAUACUCUAACGACGAACUCCUCGACGACCGAGACAAAGAUAGCGGCAGCAGCUCUCCUCUCCCCAAGUUUGCCUCUUCACCCAAACCUAACAACAGCUACAUGUUUAAGCGGGAGCCUCCUGAAGGCUGCGAGAAGAUCAAAGUGUUUGAAGAAACGACGUCGAGACAGUCUUCUACCACUCCACUCUUCUCCUGCCCCGACAAAAACAAGGUGAACUUCAACCCCACUGGCUCGGCUUUCUGCCGUGUCAGAAUGCCUGGCUCUCUGCUUCAGCACUCGGCCUCCCAAGCUGAAGAAGUGAGGAGGAGGAGGAGGAGGAGGACACCCAGUGUUGUGACCUCUUCGGGCAUGCACUCCCUGCUCCACCCCACUCAGGUCUCCAUCAGCACCAGCACAGAAGAUCCGCCAGAAUCAGAUGCCGCAUCUCCGUCCCAACAAGAGGCCCCACACACAAACUCAGAACUUUGCAGUUAGCUCGAGUUGCCCAGAGCUGGUCUCUGUGGCACUUUGUGCCCCUCAUAGGGUGACUAGAUGCCCUCAUUCCCCUUCUCUAUCUGGACUCAAACUUCACCGUCUGCAUGUCGAUGUGACACACAAGGUUCCGAACACAAGAAAAACGCUCCACUUCAAUCUGUCAUCACGUCUGCCCCGUUUUCUUACGCACUGUUACUGACAGGGACUAAAAGGCUGAAAGGCUUUUAAUGUGCGAGUGUGCAGGCUGUUUUUGGAACAGCACCACAGAAGCUGGUAGGAGAUUAUAUAUAAAUAUAUAAAAUAUACUAUUAAUGUUAAAAUAAAGUGUGUGAGGGUUUUAUGGACCACAAAAUAUGCAAACGUAGGUUCAAUGUUAACCUUAAACGAAAGAAAGAAGAGUGGGCUGUCAUUUUUUUUUUUCCCACAGAAGUCCCAAGAGGCUGUAUUCUUUUCACUCUAUCCACGAAAUUAAAACACUGUUUUGUGCAUUAAAAGAAACUAUUUUGAUUAGCUUUAUUUUGUAGGAAUAACAGAUCAUUGCCUCAAUGGAACUACUUUCAGAGGAAAAAUUUAGGAAAAUCCCCAACAAAAAAAAAAAAAGACCUGUGGAUAAAAAUUGUUGAAGGUUUCAUACCACUGACUAAGUUUGGUAACAGACCACCAAUAAACUAUGCUAGCUAGCUAACUAACUACCCAUUAGCUGUGCUUUGUGUCUCUUUAAAAAAGGUUUUAUUAAAUCUUGUCAGGUUAGCUCAAAUUAGCUAGUCAUUUUGUUAGAGACAUUCAUGAUCACGCCUGUCAGAAAUCCUCCCAGAUUUUAUAUUAGCUGGUUAGCCACAACGAUUAUGAACAAAAUUCAUAAUGAUGUCAAAUUCCUGUCAGAAAGUCCUGUCAGGUUAGGUCAUAUUAACUAGCUGGAUGUGUUAGCAAUUAAAACGAUUAUUAAUUGUCAGAAAUCUGUUUCACAUUAGCUUUUUGUUGUGAGCUAGCUAAUCUUGAAGGUUUAGAAAAGGUUAUGGAUGUUGAAUGAUUGUAACUGAAAAAUCCUUUCAGAUAUCCGGUCAGACUAUCUUAUAUAAUCUAUCCAGUUAGAGUUAGCUUUGGAUAUUAUGAAUGCUUAGAUGUGACUUAAAGUUACAGGUUAGCUAGGUAGCUAGCUGCUUAUGACACAAAAUCCUUUCCCAUAACCUGUUAGCUGAAGGUACCUAGCCAGUUAGAGGUAGCAAUGAAAAUCCCGAACAUUGCAUUUAAAGAUCUGGUCAGAUUAGCUCAUACUAGCUAGUGGUCAAGCAUUAGCAGUGUUAAAUCUAGAGAUAUAAACUAUAAAAAUAAAAUUCCUGUCAGAAAUCCUGUGAGGUUCGUGUUUAAUAACUUGGGAAUUGAGUAAGGAAUGAAAAAGAUGAACAUUAACAAUAAUUAUAACGAUCUCACUAAAUGAUCAGGCCUCCAUAAAGGACUUUACAAUAAACUUGCAAUGUCAAGAUACUAAGAAAGUGAUGUAAUAAUCCACAACCUCUUGGGACUUUUGGGUUUUUAAUUCUUAUUUUAUUUAUACAGUUUAGCUGAGUUCUGGUCACAAAACCUUCUUUUCUUUUCGGUGUGAUUAAUUUUCUCACUGAUGUGCACCUGAACGAUUGCACAGCAUCGCUUUCUGUUAGGUGAGUGAAAUUCAAGCAAAUAACUGCGUAACUUAAAAGCGGGAUUUUUUUGGCUGCAACCCGGUAACGAGUAAAGAAAACGUUCAUGAAGGGUUUAAAACGUUCGGAUGCAUGUAUCUGAAAGUGAUCAUAUACGCUGAUGAUUACAGUGUCAUGUCUGGGUUUUUUUUUGUACAUCCACAGUAUGAAUAAGCUCUCUCUAUCUAUAUCUAUAUAUAAAUCUAUAUCUAUAUAGAUAUAUUAAUAUCUAUAUAUAAACAAAGAUAAAAGCUU